CGCCUUUCCUCCGCAAGCGAUUGGAUUCGCCUUUCUGUCGCUCACGUGCUUCUUGUUUGGAAGUGAGCAAACAUGGCUGCGCCCGCAACCGAAGUGGAGGUAGUUCCCGUCAAAAAGCCUGCAGCGCGGGGCCCUCGGCGGGUAGCCAAUCAAAUUCCAGAUGAAAUCCUCCAAGACCCUGAGCUACAGGAAGCCAUCAGAGUCCUGCCGUCAAAUUACAACUUUGAGAUCUACAAGACCGUUUGGAGAGUGAGACAAGCAAAAGCGAAGAGAGUCGCUUUGCAGCUUCCGGAGGGCCUGCAGAUGUUUGCUUGUGCCAUCGCCGACAUCAUAGAGAGAUUCACGGAGGCGGACACCAUCAUAAUGGGGGACGUGACGUACGGCGCCUGCUGCGUGGACGACUUCACUGCCCGUGCCCUGGGAGCAGAUUUCAUGGUUCACUAUGGCCACAGCUGUCUGAUCCCCAUAGACUCCACCGCGGGGAUCAAGAUGCUGUAUGUGUUUGUGGAUAUCCAGAUGGACAAUGCACACUUCCUGGACACAGUGAAGUUCAACUUCAGUCCUGGACAAUCCCUGGCACUUGUCAGCACCAUUCAGUUUGUUGCAGCAUUGCAGGCUGUGAGUGCAGCCCUGAGGCCAGAGUAUGAUGUGCUUGUCCCCCAGUGUCGGCCUCUGUCACCUGGAGAAAUUCUAGGCUGCACCUCUCCACGCUUGGACUGCCACGUCGAUGCCAUAAUUUAUCUUGGAGAUGGAAGAUUUCACUUGGAGUCGAUCAUGAUCGCAAACCCAGACAUUCCUGCCUACAGAUAUGACCCCUACAGCAAGGUGUUCUCCAGGGAGUACUAUGAUCACAAGGCCAUGCAAGCCACCAGGCUGCAGGCCAUCGACCAGGCUCGGCUGGCCCAGAGAUGGGGUCUGAUCUUGGGCACGCUGGGCCGACAGGGCAGUCCCAAAGUCCUGGAGCACCUGGAGUCAAAGCUCGAAUCUCUGGGCAAGUCCUUCACUCGAGUGCUGCUCUCUGAGGUCUUCCCCAGCAAGCUGGAUCUGAUUCCAGAUGUAGAUGCGUGGGUCCAGAUCGCCUGCCCACGCCUCUCCAUCGACUGGGGAACAGCCUUCUCCAAACCCCUGCUGUCUCCGUAUGAGGCGGCUGUUGCUCUGCAGGAAGUAGGCUGGAAGGAAGUGUAUCCCAUGGACUUCUAUUCCAAUCAGAGCUUGGGGCCGUGGGCACCCAACCACCCUGAAAACCAGCCGGCUCGGCCCGCUCGGAGACACGCCCAGAAACAAGGCACCGAGCCAGCCCUUCCCGCCAAGACGUGCGAGCGGAGUCGGGGCGCCCCCUGCAGAUGUGAAGAGGGAGCAACAGCCUCGUGACCGCUGCUGUCUGUGAUUCAUCUCAUGCCUGCCUCUUUUUACCGAGAGAAAGAGGUCAGAGGGGAGGGAGGAGAGGACGGGGAGGUGGAGCGGACCUGACGAAAAGCAAAGAGAGAAGAGUUUUUAUCCUCAUUAGCAGGAUUAGCAGCAAGAUCUAAUCCCUAAUCACAUCCCAGCAGAUCAAACAAACUCACAUUUUGACUGUAUGCCUUUUUCUUUUUAAUGUGAGGAGUUCUUUCUCAUAAUGGAGGUGUUUAUUUGCUUUAAAUCUACCUGCACUGCAGCCCCCACUCCUCCUCCUCCUCACCUUUUCUUCAGCACAGACAUUUGUGACGGAGAGAAAGAACCGGGAGCCGACCUUGAGCGGCGCGGUAUGGAAAGCCUGUUGACGUGGGCGUCUUCAGUCAAACGCGGCCCGUUUUGUCAGAAAGCGCUGCAAUUUGCCUGACAUUUCCCAAGCCACUCAGACGGGGGGUUUUGUUUGUUUGUUUGUUUGUUUUUUAGUGGGGAGGCACUUCUGCGGACGUACGGGCGGAAAAAUAUCAACGUUGUCUGGCUCGCUUUGCCCUCUCCCAUUUUCAGAACAAUUAAUCGGAUAUCGAACCCUGUGAGGUUGUUCUAAAACGCGGCGCGCUUGUUUACGAAGCCAAGUCCUGCGAGUUCCUAGAUGUGAGCCGGAGCUAGUCACGACUGCUCUCCAUCCUCAUUAUUUAUUAAUGUUGGACCCUGUCGAUAAAUAAAUAAAUAAAAAAAAGAAGAAAAUGAAAAGAAAAAAAACAACCCCACUAUAUUGCUGUUUUCGCUGCAGCAGUAACUGAUUGACAGUAGCCGGCUGCGGCCUCGGAGGAAGAAGUUGUGAAACUUCCCUCACAUCACUGGCUUCUGUCUCAGGUGUAUAGAGUUGUCUUUUGGGGUUUAUGCGGCUACAGCUACUAGCAGGCUUCUCUUGUCAUAUUCAUCAUCUGUUCUCCUCGGCAACAAAAAGUCAGCGUGAUGCAAUUCUCCCGCCAGUUAUCAAUAUUUCUCAUGAUGCGCAGUCUCCCCUCCUCCCCCUGCUAGUGGCGGAUAUUUUAAAGCGCUUUGUACUCCCCAUCGCAGACUCUGUGAUCCUCAGUGGAGGGGUCAGGAAUAAAUUAUUGACCAGCAGAGUGCUCUCUCUCUCUCUGUCUCUCUCUCUCUUAUUUUUUUUUCUGUCUCUUAGCUGAUGUUUUAUUUAUUUUUUAGCAUAUUCUGUCAGGAAAAAGGAGUGAGAGUUUGUUUUUUUUUUAAUAAAUCCUCUUUCCUCCCCCAUAUAAAGUGUGCUGCUUUUAAUCUGAAGUCGAAAUCAAUAAAAUAUAAACUGAUUUCUAAAUAUAACUUUUGUGAAACAAACGUGUCAUUUAAAGGUCAAGUUUACUUAUUUUACUUUUGUAAACAUUUUGAAUUUGUACAACUUCUAGCUGCUUUCAGCACAUUUUUUUAGGUGGAUUUGUUCAUGAGCAAAAAAAAAAAUGAAACAGUUUAGAGUUAUUAGUUUUUCAUUUCCCUCGUCCCACAGCGAUUUUAAACACCAAGAGUGAAAAUCUGCCAGAAUGUAAUUGUUGGAUGCAUCUGUUCCUCACGUUGUUUCAUCAUGUGACACUUAGAAAUAUCAGAUUUAAUAUGUUUUGCUCAUAGUUCAUUAUAAAAUUAGUUAUUGCCCUUGAGCUUCUUCACAUUUUGUUUUAAAGGGUCUUACAAAUAUAAAUCUGAUAAAUAAAGUUUAUCUGUAUAAAAUGUAUAUGAUUUAUUCAAAGAACCCAAGCUUCUAGCUGCAAAUGUGUCCCGUCUGUGUCUAAUUGAAUCCAGCUGUGCUGUGAAGGCCUCAGAUGUUUAUUAGAGAACAAAAAGCAUCAUGAAAGACGAGGAACACACCCUGCAGACUCAGGAUGAAGCUGUGGAGGAGUCUAAAGCAGAGUUAGACUCACAAAGCAAAAUUCCAGGCUUUGAACUUCUCACAGAGCACCGAGACUUUGUUUUAGGAUCAUGUUCAACUUGUCAUUUCACACUAUACUGUAAAACAGUUUGAAAACCUUUUAUUAGGGAUCCAAGUGAUUAGUUAAUGAGUUGAUCUAAAGUUGAUUGAGCUUAUCGAUCAGCUAACGACCCAGAUAGCAAAAGAUGUUCAUUCAAUGUUGAGUUAUGAUCACAAAGGUUGAUUUUUAUUUUAUUUUUUCCCGUUAAGGUCGAUGACUGAUGGUGGAUCAAACAUCAAUCAUCCAUUUCUAGCCAAUUACCCAAUGUUGAAAACUUGUCUUUAAAUCAAUUUUGUUUUAUGGUCGAAUUCUAAUGAUUGAAAUACCAACGUCUAAUCAAUUAUGGAUCAACAGCUUCCGGCUGUCUCCCAGAUCUUCAUUCUACUCUGAGCACUUUUUUAGGUAAGUUUGGCAAUUUCACUUUUAUCUUAAUAGUGUUUAUUGAAGAAAUAACUGCAUCGUUUUGUGCUUAUGCUGCAGCUUGAUAAGUAAAUGUGUGACAUAUAUGCCAAGAAACGUUCAGAUAAAUAUUUAAGAAUAUUUGUUGCCAUGUCCUUAGUGUACAAGUGGAACCGUAAGGUUUCUGUACCUGUUCUCAGAGCUAUAACCAGUACAGUAUUGAAUAUUUUAAUGUGCUUCCAAACUUUUCAAAUGUUUUUUAUCAUCUUGGUGUUACUUGCACAGGAAGGGUAAUGGCCAGGUUAAGGAUGGCCUGGAUACACCGAUAAACACUGAGCAAAAAAAACAAAUUUUACAUUGUCUGGUCCUCUAAAGACAAAGUUUUAAUGUUUGUGCUUUACACAGAGAUGGCCGGCAGGUUUUGAAAGGCAAAAAUUCCUCCUGUAUUAUUCGCAGGUUAUUUUUAUUUCUCUCUUAAUGAUUUUAACAUUUCUUCUGAAGACCUUUCCAUCCACAAGAUGACUUCAGUGCUCGCUGAAGUUCUUGUGGUGGUGAAGGAUCUGUCCACAGUUGUUCUGUUGAUCAAGAACGAGUUCGCUUAGGGCAGCGUUAAUAAGCAGCCAUUUUCAUAAAAACCUGAGUUUUCUGACAUAUCAAGAGGGUCGACAGUCUUUCCAUUACAUAAUUGAAUACAUUUGUCUUAUUGUGAACUUAAAAAAAUAAGCACAUCGUUAUAUUUUUAAAAAAUAUUUGAGUCGGCUGACUCAAAAAAAUGCGAUUCAGUUUUCCAUUUCAAAACCGAACCGCAUAAAAUGCAUUUUGCUUCUGUUAGAAAUAUUAUUUGUGAUCACUUUAAUUCUCCAAUACAUCUCACACCGGAACCUGUGUGCUCAGUAUUUCUUUCCUGUUCUGGGAUAGCUGCCACCUUUUUUAAUUUCUGUGUCAGCUGACUCCACUUCAGGAUGACCAGCGGUGCCCUCUGCUGCACGGAGGCCAAACUACAACACUAAAUGGAUGUGAUUGGUUGAAAUAUUGAACCUCAGUUCAGUCUAACAAACCAUUAAACCACAAUUAAUAGUAACUCAAUUAAUCAUUUGAAAGGAUUUUAGUGAAAUCAAGAUUCACUAAAAUUCUUACUAAAUCUAAUCUGUUGCCAGUCAUUUGAAAAAAAAAAAAUCUUAACAUUAGACUGCAAAUGACAGAGUUUUAACAAUCCAAAUCAUAUAUAAAGAUUUAUGGAUUUUGGAGAAAUCUCAGUGAGUAAAGGUGAUGUCUGGAAAAUCAUUGCUGGUGACCUUUAAGAGUUUGUUACAUAACUUUGAUCAUACUGGCCACACAGGCUCAGGAGUAAAGGAGUAGUCUGCUGAGGCAUGUAAGAAUGAAUCUUUUAAAUGUCCUUAAAUAAGUUUAAAACUUUCAUUUAAAUUAUCCACUUAACUGUUUCUAAUGUCUUUAGGCAAUAGAUCAUUUGAGGAGAAAGAAACUGAUCUUUAUUUCUUAGAUAAGUCUUUGUUUCAUUUUGCUUUUAGGAAACACUGACCUUCGGUUUGCCGCAGAUGUAAAACACAAUUCAGGUAGUUAACAGCCAAAAAUACCAACAAAAUUAUACCAGCAGUGUAAUCUUCCAUGAUGUGUGAGCGAUUCUCAGUAUCCCUCAGGUGGAAAAGUAGAAGUUCUGCACCUUGGAAAGACUUCUCCCUGCGGAGAGACGAGGCGGCGUGGACGUUCUUCUCACACAUAGUCGGUUUCCAUCGCUUACUUGUUUCCCUGCUCCUGCACAUCAGAGGAACUCGACUCCGAACUUCACCGUUUAACAACUUGGAUCUGUCAUUUCACUCUUUUCAACUCUUGAGAGUUUGUCAGUUUUGAUGUGGAGUAAAAAGAAGAAGAAAAAA